AUGGACCAGUCCAACGAACCCAACGCCGCGGCUAUUCACGAUGCGCGCAGGCGCCGUGGCUCCGUCGGCACCACCCAGCUCUUCGACAACAUUGUAUCUACGUCCAACUGUGUCGUCCAACCCGCUCGCCACAAGGUCCGUCACUCUGUCGAUGCCCCCGAUCUACAUCAAUCUCCACAUAUUCUAUCUUCUUCUCAUGGCGCGAGAAACUAUCGGACCUUCUCUGACUCUUGGUAUAGGAUGAUUGCGAUCUUUGACGAGGAUGGUGGUGGCGAUGUCGAUUUCCAAGAAUUCGUGACCGGACUGUCAGCAUUCAGCUCCAAGGGAAACAAGGACGAGAAAUUGCGAUUCGCAUUCAAGGUCUACGACAUUGAUCGCGACGGCUAUAUCUCCAACGGUGAGCUGUUCAUUGUGCUGAAGAUGAUGGUUGGCAACAACCUCAAGGAUGUGCAGUUGCAGCAGAUCGUCGAUAAGACGAUCAUGGAGGCGGAUAAGGAUCAGGAUGGAAAGAUCAGCUUUGAGGAGUUCAAGGACAUGGUCGAAAAUACCGACGUGAGCCUCAGUAUGACGCUGAACCAAAUAUGA